CAUACAGGGAGGGAGGGAGGUGGAUGGGAUGGCUCUCAUGUUGAUCUAAACCACAGCUGUUGGCCAUGUGUGUGUGGAAUAUUUAACACAGCUCCCGCGCUUGCAUCCUCUUCAUCAUCUCGUCCCAGUCAUUCUGCAGCCAUGUCGGACUCGGAGGACAUGACGGAGUUCGCCAGCAUCGUGGAGCGCAUCGAGCGCGGCGAGGUUCCCAUCAAGAAUAUUGAGCGUGAGCUGAUCUGCCCCAUCUGCAAGGAGCUCUUCACACACCCGCUCAUCCUCCCAUGCCAGCACAGCAUUUGUCACAAAUGCGUCCGGGAGCUGCUCAUGCUCAACUAUGACGACUCCUUGGACGGUGGCUCCGAGUGCUCGUUGCCGGGCAGCCCCAGGUCCCGCGUGCCAUCGCCCUCCAUGGAGAGGCUGGACAAGCUCGUACGAUCAGGUUCCAUCUCAUCCCCGGGCUGGCGCCGAGGGUCUGUGACACCUCGGGUCACCACCAUCGCCUGCCCGGGCUGCCAGCACGACAUCGACCUAGGCGAGCGCGGUAUCAGCAUGCUGUUCCGCAACUUCACUCUGGAGAGCAUCGUGGAGCGCUACCGGCAGGCGGCCCGCGCCGCCGUCGCCAUCAUGUGCAACAUCUGCAAGCCGCCGCAGCAGCAGCAAGAGGCCACCAAGAGCUGCAUGGACUGCAAGGCCAGCUACUGCAACGAGUGCUUCAAGAUGCACCACCCCUGGGGCACGCCCAGGGCCCAGCACGAGUACGUGGGACCCACCACCAACUUUAGACCCAAGGUGCUGAUGUGUCCCGAGCACGAGAUGGAGAAGGUGAACAUGUACUGCGAGGCGUGCCGACGGCCCGUGUGCCACCUGUGCAAGCUCGGAGGCAGUCACGCCAACCACAAGGUCACAUCCAUGAGCAACGCCUACAAGAUCCUCAAGGAGAAGCUGGCCAAGAGUAUCCAUUACCUCAUCAGCAAAGAGGACCAAGUCAGGGCUCAAAUUACCGGACUGGAGCAGCUCAUCAGUCAGACAGAGGAAAAUGGGCAGCUAGCAGAGCGUCAGGCCAACGAGCACUUUGAACGCCUGUUUGAGACCCUGCAGGAGAGAAAAUCGGAAAUGCUCAAAUCCAUCGAGCAGUCACGAAGCAGGCGCAUGGGACAGCUCAAAUCCCAGAUGGAGGAGUACCAGGGCAUGCUGGAGAACAGUGGCCUGGUGGGCUAUGCUCAGGAAGUCCUCAAAGAGACCGACCAGUCUUGCUUUGUGCAGACUGCCAAGCAGCUGCAUGUCAGAAUCCAGAAGGCUACAGAGUCUCUAAGGACUUUCCACCCAUCAGCUGACGCCUGUUUUGAUGAGUUUGUGCUGGACACGUCAAGAGAAGAGACCCUCCUCAAAGAGUUGUGCUUCGGCGGAGUUCCGGACCCCCCCAUGAUUGACCUGUCCAAGAGCCGAGUCUAUAAUGAGGCCACCAUCUUCUGGAGGCUGUCUGACGACCACCAACCCACAGACCAGCACGUGUUAGAGUACCGCAAAUUGGGUGACCCGAGGCAGUCGCUGUCCCAAGAGGAUAUUGAGGAUUGCGCCUGGCAAGCGAUGGAGCACCUGCACGGUCCCAGCACCACAGUGUGCGGCCUGGACCCCGACAGCUUGUACGCAUUCAGGGUGCGCACCUGCCGGAACUCUGUGUUCAGCCCUUAUAGCCCUGAGGUCACCUUCCAUACACCCCCUGCACCUGCCUUCGACUUCCUGUUCAAUGACAAGUGUGGCUUCUGCAUGGAGCGCCUGGUGCUCAACAAGAGGCGGGAUGCAGUGGAGAGUGUGGCCGGCGUGGCCUUCCUGCUCGCUGCCGACCGCGUGCAGACGGGCAGCUACGUCAGCCUGGACUACAUUAUUGGCGACACGGGCAUCUCUCAGGGAAGACACUACUGGGCCUUCAAAGUAGAGCCGCAGUCGUACUUGGUCAAAGUGGGCGUGGCCUCGGACACAAAGCUGCUGGAAUGGUUUCACAACCCGAGGGACACUAGCAGCCCGAGGUACGACCACGACAGCGGCCACGACAGCGGCAGUGAGGACGCUUGCUACGAGCUCUCGCAGCCCUUCACCCUCCUCACUGUGGGCAUGGGCAAGCUCUUUAUCCCCAAGGCGUCGCCCUCGUCUUCAUCUGCCACUGCCGCCACCUCCUCGGGCGACCCGGGCAACCGCACGCUGCCCAUGCCGCAGCGCCUGGGCGUGUGCCUGGAUUACGACGCCAGCCGCGUGUACUUCUACGACGCCGACAGCAUGCGCUGCCUCUACGAGAGGCAAGUGGACUGCUCGGAUCAUGUACCCGGCGUUCGGCCUCAUGGGCGGCGGCAAGGUCCAGCUGGAGGAGUUUGUCACCGCCAAGAGGCUCACCUUCUGAGGGCGACUGGCCGUGGUCUGCUCUCUAUUUGCACCUUUUGGCAAGUGUACUUUAGCAUGAUUUGAUCGACUGUGAAACAUCCAACUGUGAAACCUGAGCUGGUAUGUUAUGACAACACUAAUAUGAUACAGACUCUAGAGUCUGAUUCUAGAGUUCUCCAGGCCCGCUGAGGUGGCUUAGAUCAGCGGUCUUGGUCUGUCUAAUUGAUCUGAUCAACACUAAUAUAUGACACGAUUUUAUUAUCGUUCCUCGUACGAAGCAAUGAGAUGUGUAAUAUUGUACCAAAGUUUGUUUUUUUAAUUGUUCAAUUUAGCUGCUUUAUUAGUCAGCAGCCGUUUUAAGUAUUUUGCAUUUAACAAAUGCUUAAGUCAUCUGACUCCAGAGCAGGAUUUCCCAAAUUUGGGCCUGUGAGUAAACUUUUUAUUUGGGUUGUCGGUUGUGUUCUUAAUGUUUAAUUCAUAUACGGUAUGUUUAUUUGGAGGGAACCUGCUCUUGACGUGUAAUAAUUGAGCACAUGAUUGACUGUUGUGUAGCAGCUGAAUCUUUUUGUCUUAGUGGACCUGAUGGGAGAAAGCCUUCGUAGCGAAUCUUUUAGUGCUAGCUCCUCCGUGCCUUCCGGUUCAUUUGUUUGCUCAACAAUUCUCUGAUAUAGUUGCACAAUUGUUUUGAAACAUGCACUCUGGUUCAAUUUAUAACACCUGACUUUUUUUUCCCCCCCAUCACUGAAAACACUUUUUGCACUUUUUUUUGUUUUUAACUCUUUCUUCAGACACUGUAUCACUACCUAGCACAUUUGUGUCCUUCACUUUGCAUAUGGGCAUCACUCACUUUUGUCAGAAUGUGAACACGAUAUACCCAUCCAGCCUGUUUCCGCCUUCACACAAAGGAAAAUCUGGUGCAACCGAGCAGCCUUUGAAACGCAUCGUUGACUUUCUUCAAUGUUGCGAUCACAGUUUACACUCACUCAAGGGCAAUUGACGUUUGGGAAAUUAGAUAUUGGGUAGCAACACGGACACUUAAUGGUUAGUUUUUAUUUCAGAAGGGUCUUCUGGUACCAUUGGUGCUUUGCUUAAAUAUAUGACCUACCUCCUUGCUGUUAAGCCUGGAUUUUUUUUUUUUUUUUUGGGUAAAUAUUUGCAGAUCCACCAUUUUGUUUAAGUCACGUUCAGUGUGUUCGCCUUCAACAUGCCUUCUCUUUUGAUGUCAGGUUUUAUAUACAUAAUAUUGUGUGGUUAUAAGUAUAAACUGUACACUGGAAACGUCCACUUUCAUAUCACUCAAGAGCAGGGUUGUUUUCUGUGCAAGUGUGUUGUAAUCUGUUCUGACUACUGUAAAGUCCUAUUUCAACGUAAUUCCCUUUUAAUCUUAUGUACAUGUAUUAUUGGUUCAUUACAAAUAAAUAGAAUCAAGCUUCUUACGUUUGAACUCUCCAGUCUUACAUCGUGAAAAAAAGCAUUUUUCAUUUUAUUUCAAUUCCACAACAGUUGCAAACUUGAUCCAAAAAAACUAAAUCUCUAUGCAUUUAAAGACUGACAGGGCAGCUUUCACUGGCGGAAUGUAAACAACAGCCGAAUGUCUUUGUGUUCCCUGUUUUUGUUUUUGGGUGUAAAGUCAAAUCAAGUCAAAUUUAUAACCAAAAUUGCAGGCAAGCUAAUAUAAAGUAAAGCUAGCAUGCCGCAUGUCAGUAACACUUGUAUGUACCUAACUGAGUGCAAUAAUAUUUCAGUGGAAAAAUAGCUAGCUUUGCUUAGACUGAGACUAAUUUGCACUGUUGGUAGUUAACAAUAAUGUUAAAUUUGUCAAAUUAAUUUUUCAAGUAUUUUCCUCAAGUUGCUGGAGGUGAUGGGUACAAUUACUGUAUGUGUGAUGUAAAUGUGAGUAGAAUUAUUCUUGGCUGGACUCGCGCGUGUAUGUGUUGGGAUGUCGUCAAAUAAACUUGUUUUUAUUAAAAA